AUGGGAGACGUUAUUAAAUAAGAAACUUACGAAUCUCAUUAUCAAUCUAUGCAUCAAGGAGAUAGAAUGUCAUCUAAUGUUUCAUUAGAUAAUGAUCAAAUUCUCUUGGACGAACUUGAAAUCCAGGAAAAUCAGUUCAAGGAUCCUAUGAUCUUAUAGUCUAUCAGAGAUGACAUUUUCAACCAGAUAGAGCAGAAUAUGCAAUCCGAGGAUGAAAAAGAAGUAGAAAUUUAAUUGACAAGAAAAGAAACUUAAAAGUACAUAAAGAAGGUAACUUAAACUGAGACGAAGUUGAAGGAUGAGGAAAUUGAUUAAGAGUCUUAAAAUUAUGAACAAAAUUUUGAGGAAUCUGAAAUAUGCGAUGUCAAUGACAUCAAUUAUGAGGAGAUUGAUUUGAAACCUUUUAUAAUGGCAGAAUAAUAAGAAUUCAAUGAAGAACUCAUGAAGGGAUUUAUUUUGAUUAACAUAAGUGCCACUCAUUGCAUUUUUUAAGCACUAUCUAAAAUCAUUAAGAUAUUAGAGGAUCAUAUUGACCAUCUCGUAUAAAAUGUCACUGAAGUCAACAGCAAGGAGGCAAAUCUAUUUAUUAUUAAAUAUAAGAAGCUUGAUUUAGCUGAGUAUUUUAUUUACUCUGCAUUCAAGGCCGAUCAUUCCUCGAUCUUCUUUUAAAAUGAGGAUUCAGAAGAUUGGAAAAUUUUGAAAAGUGCCUACUAAGAAAUUCCAAUACAACAGCCCAAGAGAUAUCUUAAAGAUAUAAAGACUGCAAUAAAUGGUAUUCAUAUGGGAGCUGCUCUAGUGAGUUAAAGUAUGAAAUCAGACAAUGGCUUUACAAGAUUUAUGAGGUCAGUGGGUUUCAUAACAUAUUACAAAUUAUAAAAAGGUAAAAUGGAGAGAAGAUUUGAUUAGUUUACUUCAGAUCCUAACAAAAAGCACCUUGGAAAAAUAUUUGAAUAUUUUGAUAGUCAGUUCGUAAAAAAUAUGUAUAAAAUCAACAUACCUAGUAUUCUGAUAAAGCAAAAGAUCUAUGUGCCAAUGAUGAUGCCUAAACUCAAGUUAGAGGAGUCCUAGUUUUAUGAGGAAAUCAAUUCUUCAAGAGAUAUUCUAACAUUUCCCAUAAGCGAAAAGUAUAACUAGAUUUAAGCAAAAGAUCCAAGCUAUAUAACUGAUAAAAAAUUAUUUGACAGGAAUAAAAUGGGAAUGAUAAGAAUUCUAAGUAGCACGCCGCUAGAUGUAGAUUUUAAAACUAGAAUAGUAAAGUAAAGAGAGAGACCUAGACUUUAAAAAAUUGCGUGUUGUCUCUGCUUUUACAAAAAAUAGUAACUGCCAAAAGAUCUGAUCAAAAUCGAUAAGAUUAUUAUCCAUAUUCAUGGAGGUGGAUUUGUUUCCACAGACUCUUGUUUGCAUCAGAGCUAUACUAGAAUGUGGGCUAACGAUUUAGGAGUACCAAUUUUUUCUAUUGACUAUGGACUAGCUCCAAAGCAUCCUUAUCCAGAUCCUGUGAAUGACUGCUUCUAAGCUUAUUUUUGGAUAAUGAAUUAUGCUAAAGAUUAACUUGGAAUUGAUCCUUAGAAUGUUGUACUUACUGGUGAUUCAGCAGGAGGGCAUUUAUGCACAGCAGUCGUUAUUCUUAGUAUUCUAAGAGGAGUACGAUUACCUACAGCAUUAAUAAUCCACUACCCUGCUCUAAUGUUAGAUCUUAAUACAUUUUAUCCUUCAACACUCAUUUCUUUCGAUGAUCCAGUUUUAAAUUUGGGAUUCCUUAAAUUCUGCUUCUCUUCAUUUGUCAAGAAUGGAGAAUCCAGUAAGAAUCCUUUAAUGUCUCCAGUAUUUAGUCAUGACUCAAUCCUGGAGAAAUUCCCUCCAACUAGAAUAAUGAUUUGCGAGUCGGAUCCAUUAAGAGAUCCUGCUUACGAACUAACUUUAAGACUUAAGAAAUUAGAUGUAGAUGUUGAACUUUUACUUAUGAAAGAUUAUAUUCAUGGAUUUGAUACUUAUGAUUGCAAGAAUGGUGUGAAAGAGUUUCAUCAUGCAACACUUAUCACUGAAAAAAUCUUUAGGGAUUUCCUUCAAUUAGAAGAGAUAUGA